AUGGAGCAAGUGAACUGCACAGGGAAAGAGAACGUUUUGAAGAAAUGUCCUCAAGAGAAGAGCCUCAAUCUCACCUGUGACCACAGGAAAGAUGCUGGUGUGGAAUGUGCAGAGCUUCGCCUUGUGAAUGGCUCCAGUAACUGUUCUGGAAUGGUCGAGGUGUUUCACAAUGAAACAUGGGGGACUAUUUGUAAUGCUGGCUGGGAUUUAAAGGAUGCCCAAGUUGUGUGCAGGGAACUGGGCUGCGGAAAGGCCUUAAGCGCAUCUGGUGGAGCACGUCUUGGAAGAGGGACUGGUCCCAUCUGGCUACAGCAAAUGAACUGCACAGGGAAAGAAGACUUUUUAAGGCAAUGUCCCAAAGGACAGUGGGGAGAACACAGCUGUAACCACAGCAGAGACGCAAGUGUGGAAUGUGCAGGAGUCAUGCCUAUUUCAGGUCCAAGAAAGAUCAGAUUGGUGAAUGGUUUCAGUCGAUGUUCUGGAAGGAUUGAAGUAUUCCACAACCAGGAGUGGGGGAUCCUGUGUGACCUCAAAUGGGAUCUGAAUGAUGCUCGGGUUUUGUGCAGGGAACUUGAAUGUGGAGAUGUCAUCUCAGUCCCUUGGGGAGUUCGUUUUGAAAGAACCAACAGUCCUGUCUGGUUACUCAGUUUCCACUGUAAAGGAACAGAAAAUGCUCUCAGUGACUGUAAAAAACGUCCAACCAGUGGAGUUCCACAGUGCCACCAUGGAGAAGGUGCUGGAGUUGUGUGCUCAGGUAAUGUAUAG